UGGCUGCCCAGAAUCAAUGGACAGACUUUGGAUUUUGUUACUGCUGACACUUGCCUUGGCAGAGGCUUCUGUUCAUCCAAGAGGACUGAAUCUUAACUUAGACAAUGGGGAGCUAUGUCUUCAGAGCAUACAGUGCAAAAGCCGCUGCUGUCACCGAAAAACCGGAUUAAGUUUGGCUCGCUGUGCAGACAAGGCAGCUGAAAAUCAAGAAUGUUCCCUAAAGAGUCUAUAUGCAGUUUAUUACAAGUGCCCUUGUGAGACGGGCUUAAUCUGUGAUACCGAUUGGACCAUUGUGGGAAGCGUUGUCAAUUCUGACUUUGGCAUUUGCAAGGACCCAUGA